CGGAUUAAGAGCAUCGACUUGUAAUUUAAAUACCACUUGGAGCAAAGGGAAAGAAUUCUAUGGUUGUUCAAAGUAUAAAGAGGUGUUUUGUUUCACACCAUAUUUGGCGUAAAUAAAUGUUGAAUAGGUGUAUAUAGGUUGAAGGUUUAAUUUGACAAAGAGUUUGGUCAAUAUUAUAGGGUUGAUGUUUGAUAUGAUAUGGAGUUUAGUUGAAAUGAGGGAGUUGAGUUUUGAAUAAAUUUGAUUUGUAUAUUGGAAUAGGUUAAUCAUCCUUUUCAACUUCCACACAUAUUUUCCCAACAGCAUUUUCAGUGAACAACCUCUUCUAUGUAUUGCUGUUAAAUUCGACUCUGGGUCAUCUCCCCGCUUCCCUUUUUCUCGAAUACAAUCCAUUUGGGGUUUGUAAAGUCCUUCCCAUUUGAAUAGUUAAUCUGCAUCAGUUGAUUUUCCUUUUGAGUUUUAUAAAAAGAAAAACGAAUCAAUCUCAGACAUUCUAAACAUUGAAGUAUUGAAAUAUGAGUUCCAACUCUACAAACUACAUGCGACUACUGUCUUUAACGAAACAGUUAACCUCUUACGUCAACCAAGGUCGUCACUUGGACGCCCUCUCUCUCUUCCACACCAUGCAAACCUCUCCAUCUCUCACUCUCGACCCUUUCGUCUUCCCUCUCGUUCUCAAAUCCUGCGCUGCCAUCCACCGCCGCCGACUGGCCUCCUCCAUUCACGCUCACGCCACCAAGUCAUCUCUCCUCUCCAACCAAUUUGUCGCUUGCGCUCUCAUCGACAUGUAUGGCAAAUGCUUCUCCAUCUCUUUGGCCCGCAAGUUGUUCGACGAAAUCCCUCAACGAAACGCCGUUUCUUGGAGUUCCAUGAUUUCUCUCUACACGCGCUACGGCCGUAUGGAUGCGGCGUUGGGGCUGUUCCAAUCUAUGGAUGUUGAGCCAAACGAGUCCACGUUUAAUGCCAUCAUAGCAGGUUUGACUGAAGUGGGAGAUGGCCCUUCUAAGGCUAUUGGAUUUUAUAGAAGAAUGCAGGAACUGGGUUUGAGGCCGAAUUUGAUUACUCUUCUUGCUUUAUUACCCGCUUGCGUCGUCUUAGCUGCAUUGAGUUCGAUUAAAGAAAUUCAUGGCUACGCUUUUCGAAGCAACAUAGAACCUCACCCGCAGUUGAGAAGUGGUUUAGUGGAAGCUUACGGGCGAUGUGCAAGUCUUGUUAACGCUCGAAAUGUAUUCCGAUAUAUGAAAGAAAGAGAUGUAGUUGCUUGGAGUAGUUUAAUAUCUGCUUACGCUUUACAUGGUGAGGCAAGGGCUGCACUGGAAGUUUUUAAACAGAUGGAGUUGGCGAAAGUGCGGCCUGAUGACAUUACUUUUCUCGGAGUAUUAAAAGCGUGUAGCCAUGCUGGAUUAGCUGAUGAAGCAUUGGGUUAUUUUGAUAGAAUGAGAAUAGAUUACAAAGUUGAAGCAAGUGCUGACCAUUAUUCAUGUUUAGUUGAUGCAUUGAGCAGAGCAGGCAGGUUGUACGAGGCUUAUAAAGUUAUAAAAGAAAUGACUAUGAAGCCAACUGCGAAGACUUGGGGAGCAUUACUUGGUGCUUGUAGAACUUAUGGAGAAGUAGAGUUGGCUGAGAUUGCUGGGAGAGCUUUGUUUGAGAUAGAGCCAUCUAAUGCAGCCAAUUAUGUGCUGUUGGCUAAGAUUUAUGCUAGUGUAGGAAGAUAUGAGGAAGCUGAGAGAAUGAGAAUGGAAAUGAAGGAAAGGGGAGUGAAGGUAGCUCCUGGUAGCAGUUGGAUUUGAAUCAAGACCUAGGAACUUUGGUGGAUUUUUCUGUUGCAGCUUUAAAGAUUAUCUUGCCUUUUUAGGAUCUUGGUGAUGACUUCUUGUUUAGCUCUACCUAUGUUAAUUCACCAUUCAAAGAAGCUUUUUUGAGGUGAACGAACAAUGGAAGGCAUAGCUAGCCGGCGUUGGCUCCCAAUGCCAUAUUAGGUGCAAUUUUGGACGUUGGAAUCCAUAUUGCUGCUAAGCUGACCGGUUACUGGCAUUUGAUAUGGACGAUAAUAUGAAGGCAGAUAAACGUUUGGCUGUUUCCAAAUGACCAAUGUGCACGCUUUUACUUUGUUAUUGUUCCAAUAAACCUUUAAUAUUAUGGUUUCGGUAUCAAGUUACCUACCCUCCCUCGAUUAUCCAAUGUACAAAAAGGGAUAUAUAUACAAACUCUACUAUUUCUGAAUCGUUUA